UUUCUUUAAUUAUUGUUAUUAGAAAUAGCUAAAGUUUUAUAAUGUAUUAAGUUUUUUAGCAAGUAUCUUUUUUUGGAAACUUAUAUACGUUUCCAACGUUGCUAUAGAUCAAAUUUCCAUAUGAAAUUAAUUGUUUCAUGCUUGAGAAGUCAGAAGGAAGUAAAGAAGCAACCAAUGGAAUGAAAUUGAAAGGUUUAUGUAGUGUCCAGUGUAGUCCAAACUACAAGUCAUGAUUGGAAAGGGAAUCAUGCCUGUGGACGGAGUGACAAGUGUGCUCGAAGAAACCGACAGGACGGGUCCAGUUGCCAGUAACUUUUGCAGAGAUUUCAUACGUGGGUGUUGUAGUCGUGAUAAUUGUAGAUUCAUACACGAAAUUCCACCCACAGCUUGUCUAAAGGAGCUAUUCAGAUUUUGUCAUGACUUCCAAAAUAAAGGUUGCUACAGAAAUAACUGCAAGUUCAUUCAUAGUACUGUUGAGGAGGAGGAGAAUUUCUAUAGCAGUGGUGUACUCCCUCGGGAUUCUCGUAGUGUACCUGUGUGCCAAGCUUUCAUACAUGGAUCUUGCACCAAUCAAGACUGCAAACUAUUCCAUCCACCCGAUGUGGGUGGCAAAGAAGUAAUGCCAGUACUUAUGGUUCCAGGACCAACAUAUAAUCGUCCAUUGCUACCAGUGAGGGAUGAUGAUUCACCACCUGAGGCUAAGUUUAGAAGAUUUGCUUAUGAAAAUACUAUUGACAAACAAAUACUAAAUACAACAAAUAUAUGUCGAAAUUGUGAGACUUUGGACCAUAAGGUUAAAUUACUGCAUGAUAAUAUCAGUGUACUGUUAAAAAAAGUGGCAGAAUUGACAGAGAAAAAUGUACAAUUAACAUCAAUGAAUGAAUUUUUGUUGGAACAGACAGCAUCAAUAAGAAGUGAACAAUCUUGUGUUAUUACAUCACGACAUGGCACUUCUGCUCCUGUAUCUCUUGCUACUGUGAGUGUGACACCAGUUGUAAGCCUUGCUGGAGCUCUUCCAACAUUGGUCCCUGCAGCAGCCACUCCCAAUCUAGCAUUAGCACCAGCUGCCUCUCGUGCCCAGCUAUUAACACCAGCUCCUCAGAUACUUACAGUGAGUACUACUCAACAGCUUGUUGGGAAUUCUGGAGCUCUGAUAGUCACUAGUGCUGGUGCCCAACAGUUAAUGCAAGUUAGUGACUCUGGCACUCUAAUGGGAGGUGGGCAAACUGUGGUGGUAACACCUGCACAAUUAACACUAGCACCACCUGCUCAGCAGUUGAUGAGUAAUUCACAGACAACUGUACAACAGUUAGUACAACAGUCAGCUUUACAAUCUCAAGUAGUCUCUCAACACCAGGCACCGCAGUUUGCAGCUGCACAGCAGUCAGUACAACAUCUUGCUGCAGCACAGCAGUCUGCUCAGCAUCUAGCUGCAGCACAACAGUCUGCUCAGCAUUUGGCAGCCCAACAAUCUGCACAACACUUGGCUGCACAGCAGUCAGCCCAACAUUUGGCAGUACAGCAGUCAGCACAACAUCUGGCUGCACAACAGUCAGCUCAACAUUUGGCAGCACAACAAUCUGCGCAACAUUUGGCUGCACAACAGUCUGCCCAGCACUUGGCUGCACAACAAUCAGCACAGCAUUUAGCAGCGCAACAGUCUGCCCAGCACUUGGCAGCUCAACAGUCAGCACAGCACUUAGCUGCUGCUCAGCAAUCGGCACAACAGUUGGCAGCUGCAGCACAGCAGUCAGCCCAACAAAUAGUUGCUCAGCAGUCAGCCCAGCAACUUGCUGCUCAACAAUCUGCACAGCAACAGCUAGUGCCAUCUGCCCAACACUUGGUCCAUCAGACAUCUACUCAACAGUUAACUAUAUCCACUGCUAGUCAGCCUAUGGCACUGCCAAAUUCACAAGCACAGCCAAUAACAUUCCCAAUAAUAUCCCAAAGUAUACUGCCUCACUAAAAUCUGGAUUUUAUUCAAGUGUUAACAAGUGAUGUAUAUGAAGAGUGGAAUAGUAGAUAAACAUUCAUGUAUCUCUUAUUAGUAAAGAUAACAUGUAUGCCUAUGACUACCUAUAAUAGCAAGUGUGUGAUUUCAUUUUCAGUUUAUUUAGCAACAGAUACUGUUUUAGCCAAAAAUAUAGACAUCUGAAUUAUAUAUGGUAGUUGAUUGAUCAGUAUUUUUAUGGUUAAGAUGUUUGUCCACUUAUUUUUGUAAUAUUUGAAUUCAACAAAAUAUUUUUAUCUGCAACUUUUUUAAACAUUGUCAUAUUACAAUUAAUGCAAUUUUAAAUAUUAUAAUAGUGGUUUUACCUGCAUUAAAUAUAUCAAAAUAAAAUAUAGCCUAUGUAGCAUUCUGAUGCAUAAGCUAUAUUACUGUAAAGUUUUAUUAAAAUCUGCUUAGUAGUUUUAGUGUGAAAGAGUAAUAAACAUCCCAUACUUAAAAACUUUAUAAAUGUGAGAUGUAUUUAAUUAGUGUUGUUAUUUUUAAGAACACAUUUCAAAACUGGCAUAAAUAUGUAUUGUUUAGUAUAAUUAUAAACUUUGUAAUGUAAUUAAGCUAAACUUUAUAGCUGAGGGGAAUUAAGAGUAAUUUAUUAACUUAGGUAUAACUUAACAGUUUCUAACUUAUUGGGAUUCACUCUAAAUUACUUUUAUUUUUUUACUAAUAAUAAGCUGUUAUUGCUGCUACUAUCCCUGAGU